UGCAGGUUUCUGGGAUUCCACUGAGAGAAGACUGAGAAGAUGCUGCUUGUUGAAUACUUAUAAAACAGUUAUUCUCACGAGUUUGGAAAAUUUUAACCUGUCUUUAAUUCCACUGCAUCUUGGUAAUAUUUAACGUGACAAAAUGAGCCAAAACAUAUUGACUAUAGCUCUAACUCGAGAUGGCCCGUUCAUGCCUUGGGGCUUUCGCCUUCAAGGAGGAAGUGAUCUAGGUCAUCCUUUAACUAUUCAAAGGGUUUUUCUUGGGAGUCCCUCGGAGGGUGAGCUUUACCGGGGUGACAUUAUUAUGAGGAUUAUGGAUCAAGACGCCAGUAGGCUAACACAUCAAGAAGCUCAUGACGUCAUUGUGAGUUCUGGCAACACUCUGAAAUUUGUUGUUCAAAGAGUUCCAGGAGCAGCAGCAUCAUUCGGCUCAACUCCCACCACCCCUAGCCCCGUAGGCACAGGCCAUCCAUUAGCAAGCUCUGCGCGCACCUCCAUCAAGUCAACAUCCGCUGAAAUUUAUCGAGAUUACAUCCCAACAACAACGAGUACUUUGCCGACAGUCAAAAUGGGUUCCGAUUAUCAUCCGAAGUAUCCCGAACCGAAGAGCUUAGCUGAUUACGAACGAGAAGAUUAUUUUUACGAGCAACAGAGAGAACAACAAGUAAUACACCAUCAGCCUUACAGGACAGUCCAGUUGGUGUUUCCGAAAGCAAAACCAAGGCAUGAUAUCCCUAUGGGCUCAUACUUACGACACGUGCAUGACCCGACUUGGGAUAAAACUUACUCGCCAUCUAGUCGUAUACACGAUUCUACAAUGGUAGCUAAGGUACACGAAUCUGUAAAGGGAAUGAGAUUUUCCUCGACUUCCACAAGUUCUGAUAGAACACCAACACCUGAUUCGGGAAUUUCCGGUUCAAAUUCGGGACCGAGGGUUGUACACCGUCAGUACAACAUUCCCCUCAAAUUGUACUCUAAACAAACUGUGAGCAAUACCAUGCAAGGACAAACUGGAAUUCACCCUGGUCAGCCCAACCCUAAGAUGGCUACUGGACCCGGUAUCAAAAACCAGGUGGCUGCAGAUAUCGUUAUUUCUCCUACAUACAAGCCACCCCAACCUCAUCUGAACACUCUUCCUGAAACUAAGAGACACGGGAUUAAUGCUUUUGGUAAGCCCAAGGAUAAAAUUAUUCAGUCUAAUACUUUCAAUACCCUGAUGUCAGCUCUCGUCGUUGGCCAGAGUGAUUAUUGAAUCACUACAUAACAUCUUAUAGAAACAAGCUAACUCAUUUCAUGCUGUUUGAAACUUUGGUUUGAAGUUUUAAACCAAGUGUUAACUUUUAAUUGCAGUUCUCGUCUUACUCUUCUUAAUCCUAAAUUUAAGCUAUAAAUUUAACUAGCAGUCCUAAGUGCUUUUUUCAUCUUACUGUAUUUGCGCUAAAACUACAGUCCAAAGUCUACUUAUUUCGUGGCUAUAUGCUGUUUAAGUCCUAAAUUCAUCAUAUAUAUGAUGUCACUAUUGCUAUCAUCGUAAAGUUCUAUGUUCAUCAUUACCAAAUUCUUUGUGUCUUAAUUAUUAUUUUUUACGUGUCUUGACUAACUAAAACUUCCGAAUUUAUCACACUUAAAAUUAUAGUGUCAUGCUAUGGUUUUGUCCUCCCAGUCAUUCUUAAAAUUAACCGUCUUAAUAAAAAAGUUUUUAUAUAUGCAUAAUGAAGAAUACAAACAAGUGGAAUUAAAAUAACAUCUUACCUAUUUCAACUCUACAAAUUUGGGAAGUAAGUCAAUCAUCUUGAUGUAUGAUUAGUCAUUUAUACUGAGUGGCUUAGAUAGCUGCUCUCGUUUUAAGCCAAUGAUAAGGUUCAACAAAACAGAUGCUAUGCAGUAAAGCAGACAAAAACUGUAGUGUUGAUGGUGCAUUUAGACAUCUACAAUGAUCUUUUAAACUGUCAGCCAUGGUUGUAUGGAAGACGCGUGCGAAAUAUCUAGGACUCUGAGAAACUGUUCUACACUACCUGUAAGUGUACGUUUUUGAUAUAUCCUGUUUCAUUUGAAACUGCGCCAUUUCAAAAAGAAAUCACGAAGUUUGGAGAAACUGAUUUGGAUAAAAGAUGUGAUACACCAAUCCGUGGAGCUGGUCGACAAAUACAAGAAGUAUUAAUGAAAGAUGUGAUACACCAACUCGAGGAGCAGGUCCACAAGUACAAGAAAUAUUAAUGAAAGAUGUGAUACACCAACCCAUGGAGCUGGUCGACAAAUACAAGAAAUAUUAAUGAAAGAUGUGGUACACCAACCCGUGAAGCUGGUCGACGAAUGCAAGAAAUAGUAAUGUAAGAUGUGAUACACCAACCCAUGGAGCUGGUUUACAAAUACAACAGAUAUUAAUAAAAGAUGCGAUACACCAACCCGUGGAGCUGGUCUACAAAUACAAGAAAUAUUAAUGAAAGAUGCGAUGCACCAACCCAUGGAGCUGGUCUACAAAUACAAGAGAUAUUAAUAAAAGAUGCGAUACACCAACCCGUGGAGCUGGUCUACAAACACUAGAAAUAUUAAGGAAAGAUGUUGUUACAUCAACCCGUGGAGCUGGUCUACAAACACAAGAAAUAUUAACGAAAGAUAUUGUUACAUCAACCCGUGGAGCUGCUGGUCUGCAAAUAGAAGAAAUAAAAAUGUACAUACUAAGCACCAGAUAGUGCUAUGCGCUGAAUUAUUAUUAUCCAGCUUUUAACUGUGCCAAAAACUGAUUCACAGUGCAAAUGUUUGUAGUGUAAGCAGCUAUUUAAAUGAACUGAAUAAUGUCAGUCUUUCUUUAAAUGAUGUAAUUGUGUCAUUUGUUUUAAGACUCAAUAAAUCUGGCAGU